UAUUUUAUUAUAAUGUGCAGAAUUUGAUAAAUGCAAAAUAAAUUUCCUAGGGUUCUACAAAUUGCAACACCAAUUUUAUUGGAUCUGGUGUGAUGUGCCAUUAGGCUGACUCCAAUAAGGAUAGGCAUACAGAACAUGCAAAUGGAGGAUAUAGCUACCAGUUGGGAAAUGGCUACCGUAGGCAUUUUGGCCUCGCUCCAACAGCACAGGCAAAGAGGCACCUCCAUUCCCCUGGCAGUUGGCUCGCGGGCUCUGGUGGAAGUCCACCGCGCGCCGCCUGCCUGUCACCGGAUCCGGCGAUUCCAGGUGGCGAUUCCGGUAGCCAUGGUUGCUAUUGAAUCGAAGGUGGAGGAAGGUACUGACUCUUCAACUUUUUUAUUGCAACACGCUCGCCUCUUCACUCUUGAACAUGGCUUGGAGGUACAUCAAGAUGGGGAUGUGUGGUACGUUUACCGCAAACCGUUGGGAAGAGGAAGAACUCAAAGCCGCCGCUGUUGCAGUGGCAUUGGGAGUAGGCAAUAAACGGCGGUGGGGAUGAUCUUUUUUUGGUCAUGCUGUGAAGAAUCGAAAAAGAGAAGAGGUGAACGAACAAAUCAUGCGAGAUUACUUCAAUGAGAAUGCAUUGUUCGGCGAGGAAGAUUUCAGGCGCAGGUUCAGAAUGCGGAAGUCUUUGUUUCUACGCAUUGUUGAUGAUGUCACAAGAAGAAACAAGUAUUUCAAGCAAAAACGAAAUGCAGCAAAGAAGUUAGGUUUCACUCCAAUUCACAAGUGCUUAAUUGCAAUGAGAAUGUUAGCGUAUGGCGGUGCUGCAGAUGCAUUAGAUGACACAUACAAAAUGGCAGAGACAACUGUUCUCGAGACCCUCAUGCACUUUGUCAACACUGUCAAUGAUGUAUAUGGUGAAGAGUACUUGAGGCCACCACGUGCUCAUGAACUUCAAGUCAUUCUACAACAGAAUGAGGCCAGAGGUUUCCCAGGCAUGAUUGGAAGUAUAGAUUGUAUGCAUUGGGAAUGGGAGAAUUGUCCCACAACAUUGGCUGGGAUGUUCAAGGGUCAUAAACCCAAACCUACUCUUAUACUUGAGGCAGUAGCAACUCAAGAUCUUAGGAUUUGGCAUGCUUUUUUUGGGCUACCAGGUUCUCACAAUGACAUCAAUGUCUUGCAUCGGUCUCAUGUGUUUGAUGAUUUAGCUAAUGGUAGGACACCAGAGGUUGAGUUCUGGGUAAAUGGCAAUCCCUAUACCAUGGGAUACUACUUGACUGAUAGAAUUUACCCAUACUGGGCAACUCUUGUUAAGACUGUGAGUGCUCCGGUGACCAUGAAACACCAAGUGUUUGCAGCUACACAAGAGUCAUGCAGGAAGGAUGUGGAGAGGGCAUUUGGAGUACUUCAAUCAAAGUUUAAGAUCAUCCAUAACCCUGCUAGGCUAUGGAGGCAAAGAGACCUGAAUGACAUUAUGUGUGCAUGUGUUAUUAUUCACAACAUGAUCAUAGAAGACGAGCGCAACAGUUACCUCAAUGCAGCUGACACACAGGGAUUUGAAGGGCCAGCAGAUCCUCCCGUACUGCAGAACCGAGAUGUGCCAGAGAUCGAUCACCUCAUUGAUGCAUACAACUGCAUAAAAAGCAAGGAAACAAGUCGACAACUCCAGCGGGACCUCAUAGAACACAUAUGGAGUCAUUAUGGUGCAUCAACAGGCCCAUUUGCAGGAAGUUAG